AUAGUUAUAACCGAAUAUCUAAAAAAUAAACAUGUACAUAACACUUCUUUGUAUGAAUAACUGAUUUAUUACAAUUGUACAUGCUGAAGACCCUGUAAGACAAAAUAUUGCCAAUAAUGCAGUAUUGCCACUUAUUUGAAAAUAAUCAUCAGCUGUCAUAAGUUUAAUUAAGAAACGUCAUCACUUAUUUGUCUAUUUCCUCUAAAUAAAAUAAAAAAUACAAUUUUUUUGGAUAUAAAUAAUAAAUUUUUGUGUUGAAAUGUCUGGAAACAAUAUGUAAAUAACAUAAAAGAUAUAAAAACCAUCAGUACAAAGAGUUCUCGAAAAGUAGAAUACAUAAUUGGGCUGCACCAACAAGCUGUGUGGCGUAUAGGUAAAUAGAAAAAGUCCACAUCAUUAAUAUGUCUUUACCAGGGAAUGGAAUUUUUGUUGUGCGUGGAGAAAUGUCCACGUUAAUAACGGCUAUGCGUCGAGGAUCUAGAUGGAAUUCAGCUGCUUAUUUGGACGAUGAAAAAGAUGGUAUUAUGAAACUUUUUAUGGAACUAAGGGAAGUACUUAAUCGCGUAGAAGAUCUUCGAUUGAUUGAACCUAAUAUUUAUUUAUCACCGUUCCUAGAAGUUAUACGCACUGAUGAAACAACAGGUGCAGUUACAAGCUUAGCUUUAGCAUCCAUUAAUAAGUUUCUAUCAUAUGGAUUACUUGAUCCAACGUCCCCAAGUCUUGCGGCUACUGUUGAAAAUAUAGUUGAUGCUGUUACGCAUGCCAGAUUUAUGGGUACUGAUCAAUCAUCUGAUGGCGUUACUUUGUUUCGUGUUGUUGAAGUACUUCACACAUUAAUGCGGAGUCCAGAAGGAUCUGUUCUUACUAAUGAAGCUGUAUGUGAAGUUAUGCUAAGUUGUUUUAAAAUCUGCUUUGAACCACGGUUAAAUGAGUUACUGCGUCGUUCCGCAGAGCAAGCGCUUAAAGAUAUGGUAAUUUUGCUGUUCAUGCGUUUGCCACAAUUUUCUGCAGAUCGUAGUGACUCUAGUUUAAUAAAAAAAUUUCAAAUGAUGGCAGCUUCAAUGGAACAAAGCAAGAAGCAACGUAAAAAGCAACCCAAAAUACAACCGACAUCAAAUAUUCAACGUAGCAAUAGUCAACGUAGUAUUGAUCCAGAUAAAAAGCAACAGUCAAAUCUAAAUACGGAAACAGUGUCAGACGUGUCUCUUCCAAGUCCACAAUUGCUCAGUGUUGCUACGGCUAAAACAUUGCCACUUGCUACAACGCCAGCUACACCAGCUGGGAAUAUACUUGAUAUGCAAGGUAAAAUAACACAAACUCCUACAACAGCUCUAGAGAUCGCUGAUAAUGAUGUAUGUAAUGGAGUAGUGGUUACACCAUUUGUACCUCAGGAAGACAAUAUGGAUAGUAAAACAUCCACUAUUGAAACAUCGAAUUUACAAACAACUGUGGAUUCACAACAAUCAAAUAUGCAAGGAAGUAGUGAAUAUGUAAAUUCCGUGGGUGUACGUUUCACACAGCAAAAUUCACUUGAUGCCUCGGACAUAGGUCAUUUAGUACCUUAUGGUUUACCAUGCAUACAAGAGCUUUUCCGUUUUUUAAUAAUGCUAUGUAAUCCUUUGGAUAAACAAAAUACGGAUACAAUGAUGCACAUGGGUCUUAGUUUGCUCACUGUUGCUUUUGAAGUUGGUGCCGAUAACAUUGGCAAAUAUGAUACUUUGCUUGAAUUAGUGAAAGAUGACUUAAGCCGGAAUUUAAUAAGCUUAUUAAAAUCAGAGCGUGUGACAAUUUUUGCUGCUGAUUUACAAUUGUGCUUUUUAUUGUUUGAGUCGCUUCGUGGUCAUUUAAAAUUCCAAUUAGAAGCCUAUCUUAAAAAAUUAUCCGAAAUUAUUGCAAGUGAUAAUCCUAAAACUCCAUAUGAAAUGCGGGAACUAGCGCUAGACAAUUUAUUGCAGCUAUGGCGUAUACCAGGAUUUGUAGCUGAGCUCUAUAUAAACUAUGAUUGUGAUCUGUAUUGUACUGAUGUUUUCGAAGGUCUCACGAAUUUAUUGUCAAAAUAUACUCUUUCUGCAACUAAUGCAGUUUAUAGCACUCAUGUUAUAUCUAUGGAUACAUUGCUCUCAGUCAUUGAAAAUAUUGAACGCAAUUGCAUUGCUGCGAAAAAUUCAGACAAUCAAAAUAAUAGCAUUGUUCCUGUACAACCAACGAAUCGUCAUUCUCGACAGAACUCUGGCUUGGAUGGUAUCGUAAUUGAAACACCGAACGGCACAGUUAACGAAGAUUGCAAAGUAGUCAUUGAAAAUAUAUCAAAAUUCAUUAAUAGUUCUACACGUUUACGCUUAAAUAGUAAUAAUGUAAAUGAAAUGUAUGUUACACAAGAACACUUAGCUGCAGUGAAGCAAAAAAAACGUGUACUUACACAAGGUACCGAACUUUUUAAUCAACGACCAGAUAAAGGUAUACAAUUUUUGCAAGAAAAUGGUAUCUUAAAUUCUCAAUUGGACCCAAGAGAAAUAUCUUUAUUUUUAAGAGAGAAUUCAGGGCUAGAUAAAAAAAUGAUUGGUGAAUAUAUAUCGAAAAAGAAAAAUGUGGAUUCAAAAAUAUUAAUGAAUUUUGUGGAUUCUUUUGAUUUUGUGGGACUUCGUAUUGAUGAAGCUUUACGUCUGUAUUUGGAAACGUUUCGGUUGCCUGGAGAGGCGCCGUUAAUUUUUCUUGUACUCGAACAUUUUGCUGAUCAUUGGCAUAAACAAAAUGGUGAACCAUUGGUUAAUACAGAUGCCGCAUUUCGCUUGGCAUAUGCUAUAAUAAUGUUAAAUAUGGAUCAGCAUAAUUCUAAUGCGAAACGUCUUAAUGUACCAAUGGAAGAAAAGGAUUUUGUGAAAAAUUUACGUGGAUUAAACGGUGGUUCUGAUUUUGACCAGGAUAUGUUAACAGCUAUAUUUAAUGCAAUUAAAAAUGAAGAAAUCGUUAUGCCAGCAGAGCAAACGGGUAUAGUUCGGGAGAACUAUUUGUGGAAAGUUUUACUGCGUAGAGGUGUUGGAGCUGAUGGUUGUUUUAACUAUGUAGAAAAUUCAGCUUAUGAUCUGGAACUUUUUAACAUCAUUUGGGGAGCAUCACUAAGUGCGUUGAGCUUUAUGUUUGAUAAAAGUAGUGAACAUGGUUAUCAACAUACACUCACAGGUUUUACAAAAUGUGCUGGUAUUUCUGCGUUUUAUAAUUUACAUGAAGACUUUGACGCACUAAUACUAACCCUUUGUAAGUUUACAACUCUUCUUAAUACGGUUCAAAUGGAUACUGUAACGCCAGCUUACAAUGAGAUUGUACAAGCUGUAAAUUUUGGCUUAAAUCCUAAAGCUCAGGCUGCAAUGAAAGCUGCGUUUGCAAUGGUACAUGAUUAUGGUGAUUGCUUGCGGGAAGGUUGGAAAAACAUACUGGAUAUAUUAUUGCAAUUGUUUAAAUUAAAACUACUGCCAAAAACAAUUAUGGAAGUCGAAGACUUUUGCGAAGAAAAUGGCAAAGCUCAACUAAUACUUGAGAAGCCAAGCCAAAAACAAGAAGCUGGACUAUUUUCUAGUCUUUAUUCAUAUUUGUCUUCAGAAGGACAACGUGAGCCAUCAACUGAAGAGCAGGAAUUUAUAAAAAUUGGAAGAAAGUGUAUAAAAGAAUGUCAACUUGAGCAAAUGAUACAAGAAUCUAAAUUUGUACAGUUAGAAUCCUUGCAAGAAUUAAUUAACAAUAUUCUAGCAUUGCUAAAGGCACCGAAUGCACACAAAUCUGUUGGAUUGCCAUACAGUGAAGAUAUAGUUGUCUUUUGGAUGGAAUUUCUUGUAAAAAUUGUUAUACAAAAUCGAGAUAGAAUGAUUACAUUGUGGCCAAAUAUUCGAGAUCAAAUGUAUCUCCUGCUUAUGGGUGGAUCAUCUUGCGGUUAUGAUUAUUUAUUGAACAGAAGUAUUGUAGCAGUUCUCAAACUUGCUAUUUAUCUAAUGCGAAAUGAAGAACUCUGUCCAAUUGUGUUACAGUCAUUAAAAAUGUUGCUUAUGCUGAAACCGUCUGUUGUUUUACGUAUUUCAAAACAAAUAUCAAUAGGCAUUUAUGAGCUAUUAAAAACUUCUGCCCAAAAUAUUCACUCAGAACAGGAUUGGCAAAUUAUUUUCACUAUUUUGGAAUGUGUGGGUGCGGGUGCUGUACCCCCAGAAUUUGAAGACACUACUUUACCAACGCCAAAUGUCACCGGCGCUAAAUCGGACGGUGCUUUAAGUAGUGAAGAAGACUCUGGUAUAAAUGACCGUGGUUACAUAUCCGACACUGAAAUCGCUAGCAAGAAUCAUCAACAACAACAAUUACCAUCUAAUAACACUUCAUCAUUUCCUUCUAGUCCAACAGCUGAGAACUGGAUUCUUGUAAAUAAAGAAACAGAUUUAACGAAUUUAUCGCGACCACAAUCACCACUUACAGCUGGUUCAUCAAUGAAAGCACAAUCUUCCCUCGUUUUUAACUGCAAACUUAUAGAACAUUCACCCUUUGCAUUACUUAAGUGUUGGGAUUCUUUAUCUUUUAUUGUACGCAAUGUUGCCCACAUCACACCCUAUAAUUUUGAAUCAUGUGUGCGUUGCAUACGAACCUUUGUCGAAGCAUGCCGUGAUGGUGGCUUGCGUCAACGUCGUAAAUUUGAAGCUGCUAAAGCGAAUGCUGCUCAUCAGAAAAAGAAAACAUCAGCGAAACGUUCAGAACGUGAAAAUCAACGAAAACUUUCUGGAAUUGAAAACCUUGGUGGUGAUGCACAAUACAGACCGGAGGAUGAUGAUUUAGUGCAACGUUAUGAAACAUUAUCCAUACAAUUGCUUGAUCUUAUGUAUACAUUAUACACACGUACAGCACAGAUCUUUCGUUGGUGGGCUGAAGAAGGGGGAGCAAUUCCUCAAUGUUCAGCAUUAUGGGCACAAGGUUGGUGUCCACUUUUGCAAGGUAUUGCACGCUUGGCUAUGGAUCGUCGGCGAGAAGUACGUACUUAUGCUAUAUCGUGCUUACAGCAACGUGCUUUAUUGGUUCACGAUCUGCAAACACUGUCAGGGGCAGAGUGGGCUUCGUGCUUUAAGCAAGUAUUAUUUCCACUGCUAAACGAAGUGUUGCCGGAAAGUACUUCUGUAACAAAUUUAGAACCGAUGUUGCUCGAAGAAUCACGCAUACGGACCGCAACGAUAAUGUCAAAAGUAUUUUUACAUCAUUUAACACCAUUAAUUGAAUUAGGCGAUGUAUUUAACGAACUUUGGAUUGAAAUACUUGGUUAUAUAGAAAAAUUUAUGCGUGUUGGUUCGGAUAUGUUGUCGGAGCAAAUGCAAGAAAUUUUAAAAAAUAUGCUUUUAGUUAUGCAUUCAGUACGUGUUUUUCAUAAUAAUGAUGGUACUUUAUUAGUGCCAUUAUGGGAACUAACGUGGCGGCGAAUUGGGGAGUUUUUGCCAAAUCUUAAAAACGAAUUAUUUCGAAAUGAAGAUAACCACGACCAAGUGAUAACGCGUACUGCUUCUGUGGUGGCUAUGGGUAAUAAUCUCAAUAAUAUCCUUACAACACCGUCAGUAACAAUUUUACCAAAAAAGGAGCAGCAACAGCAGCAGCAAAUAGCAAAAAACGAGCAAAUUGUUGAACAUUCACCUAUAGAAUUACUUACAUCACAGAUUACUGUAAAUUCUCCUGCUGAAUCUCCUCUACAUAGUAUACUUUUGCAGCCCCCAGGAAUGAAUAUUAUGCAGAGUGAUGAAGCACUGCUCUUAGGUCAAAAUGUGCCAUUGAUUCUAUCACAAAAGCAAGAACAAGAACAACAACAAUUACAGGCAACUGACAUAUCAUCGAUACCACUAUAUAAUAUUCCGAAUGAAAUAUCAUUUGCUUCAACUCCAAAGCUAUUAAAUCCUACCCCAAAACCUUUAUUAAAUGAAGUGAGACCAAUAAGUCCAACAGAAAUGAAAAAUGUUAUGCCAGAUUUAGUAAAUGAAGCUACAAAAAUUGGUACGGAAAACCUAAUAAGUACCCAAAAUGAACAAGUAUCAGAUCCAUUCAAACAAAAUGAAUUAAAUAAAUCAAAUUUAAUUACAAAUGUUGUAAAUGCAACAAUAAUAAAUAACACUAACAACAAUUAUUCAUUUGCUAUUGAAUUGCCUGAAACGCCACCAGUUACUUUAUACUAUGGUGGAGAAACAAAUAGUGAGCAACAUCGGACUCUAGAAAAUAUACAAUACACACCAGAACAGCAAACACUUCACACCAAUGAACAGCAACAUUUACAACAAUAUCAACAGUACUAUCAACAAUAUCAAGAGCAUUUAAUGCAGCAACAAAAACAAAUUACUGAAAAUGACAUAAAUACUAAUUCAGAUUCCCCUGGUUUAGCUGCGGCAACAAAUAAUCAACAUAAUGAAAAUACAACUGUGCCAAUUAGUCAUCUCUUAGUUGGUAAUCAAUAUCCCUCAUUAUCUAAAAUACCGACUUCAGCCAUUGUACACAGUUUUACACCUGUUUAUGUGCAAUCACAACUGACACAAUCGGGUGCCGACAUCUAUCAGGAAUAUGUACAAAAUCCAUAUAAUUUAACUCUACAACAACAUCAACACGAAAAACAACAAUUUACGACUGAACUUCAGCAGCAUCAGCAACAACAACAACAAUAUAAACAAAUGCAUAAAGCUGAAGAUUCUAUUUUUGAGACACCAGCAAAUUACUUUAGUUCUACCAUUGAUCCAAGUGCUAUACCGCCAGGUUCAGAAAUGCUAUAUGGGCAACCAUAAAAAUAAUAAGUUCAGUUGUACUGAAUCAUUUCCACGCUAAUUUUAUUUAUUAAUUAUGUGCAAAUAUUGUGGUGUUCUUUUAAAAUAUCAAUGUGUUA